GGUGGCCGUCCUGAGUGCCACCGCCCUGGACGGCUUGGAGCCGCCCCGUUCGAAAGAACCGCCCCCAGCCGCUGCUCCACAGCCGCGUAGUAGACAAGCCCAGGCCCCGCCCGGGACGGCAGCCGCACCAUGGAUGUUCCUAGCUCUUCCAGCUCCCGCUUCUCGGUCGGCUCGGCCAGCCCCGGCGCUGUGCUCGUCUACGCGAAAGAGCUCAAAAAGUGGGAUGAGUUUGAAGAUAUCUUAGAGGAGAGGAGGCAUGGCAGUGACUUGAAAUUUGCCAUGAAGUGCUACACACCCCCCUUGUAUAGGGGAGUCAUCCCCUGCAAGCCAAGUGAUAUCAAGUCCAUUGUUCUCAAUUCUGAAGAGAUGCACUAUGUCAUUAAGCAGCUUUCCAGGGAGUCCCUCACAUCUGCGGAUUCCCUCCGAGAGGAAGCCAGGGAGAUCCUGGAGGAAAUGAGCCACAGACUGCGAAUGGGAGCCAUCCGCUUCUUUGCCUUUGUCCUGAGCAAAGUCUUUAAACAGAUUUUCUCAAAGGUGUGUGUGAAUGAAGAAGGCAUUCAAAAGCUACAACGAGCUGUCCAGGAGCACCCUGUAGUCCUGCUGCCCAGUCAUCGGAGCUACAUUGACUUCCUCAUGCUGUCUUUUGUUCUGUACAACUAUGAUCUACCUGUGCCAGUUAUUGCAGCGGGAAUGGAUUUCCUGGGAAUGAAAUUGGUCGGUGAGCUACUCAGAAUGUCUGGGGCCUUCUUCAUGCGGCGCACCUUUGGUGGAAAUAAACUGUACUGGGCUGUGUUCUCUGAAUAUGUGAAGACCAUGCUACGGAAUGGUUAUGCUCCUGUUGAAUUUUUCCUCGAAGGGACAAGGAGUCGCUCAGCCAAGACCUUGAUUCCUAAAUUUGGUCUUCUGAAUAUUGUGAUGGAACCAUUUUUUAAAAGAGAAGUUUUUGAUACCUACUUUGUUCCCAUUAGCAUCAGUUACGAUAAAAUAUUGGAAGAGACUCUGUAUGCCUGUGAGCUUCUAGGAAUUCCUAAGCCAAAGGAAUCUACCACUGGGUUGUUGAAAGCUCGACGGAUUCUCUCUGAGAACUUUGGAAGCAUCCAUGUCUACUUUGGAGACCCUGUGUCACUGCGUUCUCUAGCUGCGGGACGGCUCAGUCGGAACACGUAUAACCUGGUGCCAAGAUACAUCCCUCAGAAACAGUCCGAGGAUGUGCAUGCCUUUGUCACUGAAGUCGCCUAUAGGAUACAGCUUCUGCAAAUUGAAAACCUGGUUCUGAACCCAUGGCUUCUGGUAGUUGCCAUUCUCCUUCAAAACCAGUUAUCCAUGGACUUUGACACCCUGGUGGAGAAGACACUGUGGCUAAAGGGCUUGACCCAGGUGUUUGGAGGGUUCCUGCUUUGGCCUGAUAACCAGCUUCCUGAGGAAGUGGUCCAAUCCAGCAUCCUCCUGCACUCCAACCUGGCCAGCCUUGUCAAAGACCGGGUGGUUCUCAAAGUGGACUUUGAAGGUUCAGAAAUGGUCAAAGGAGUUGUGCUCCACCACAUCACCUUCCUCAUGUGCUCGGCCUACAAGAACCAGCUGCUCAACGUUUUUGUUCGUCCUUCCUUAGUAGCUGUAGCCUUGCAGAUGACACCUGGGUUCAGGAAAGAGGAUGUCUUCAGUUGCUUUUCCUUCCUACGCAACGUGUUUUCAGAUGAGUUCAUCUUCCUCCCAGAAAACACACUCAGGGAUUUUGAGGAAGGCUGUUACUUGCUGUGUAAAACUGAGGCUAUACAGAUGGCUGGGAAGGACAUCAUCAUCACAGACAAAGGGAGCGCUGUGUUAGAAUUUCUCAUAGGGCUCUUUAAACCUUUUGUGGACUCAUACCAGAUACUUUCCAAAUACCUCUUGCAUGAAGAAGAGGACUGCUUUACUGAGAGACAGUACUUGCUUGCAGCUAGGAAGUUCACCAGUCAGCUUCUGGAUCGAGGUGCCUCUCAGUGUUAUGACGCACUGUCUUCUGACCUGCAGAAAAAUGCCUUAGCAGCUUUCGUGAGACUCGGGGUGGUAGAAAAGAAGAAGGUAGAUAAUAACAUCGUGUUUAGUGUGAACGAGUCUGCCACAAGCAAAUUAGAAGAAAUGCUUGGAUGUAAGACACCCAUAGGAAAACCAGUCACUGCAAAACUUUAGUAAUCAUGAAGCGGUUGUGGAAAAUCCAGUUCCACAUGACAGUCAAAAGGACUCACUGCCACAAAUGGACAUAGAGAGGAGGAUGUGUUUUCCGUCUCCGAGACCUUGUGAGCUGUACUUCUGCUAAGAGGAGGAAAUGGUCAGUGAGAGCGUCAGUGUGAUCUUCUGACACAAUGACUGCUGGCAUUCAUGUCAACUGUGUGUCUAAAAUAAAAGCUUUUGAAAACA